AAUCUAACAAUUUAUUAUUCUCAUUUGGUAUGAGUAAUAAUACCAUUAGAGCAUAAAAUAACCUGAAUAAUUGACAAACAAAACUAGAAAAGAAUAGCUAAAGACUGUAUAAUUACACCACCUACUCUCUUGCCUCUCGGGUAUUGGUUACACUGCACAGCACACCCAACAGCAUGACAGCAAUAAUGCCAAAGGCUUACCUAGAUGGAGGUUCAUAUUGAACCCUUCAACCAAAAGGAAACCAUGCCAUUAGCACCCACCACUACCUUCCUCCCACAAUCACCACGAACAGUAUUAUGUCCAACCUUUUCCUUUUCUCCCUUUUUCAAGCUUUUCCUUCCCCCUCUCCAUACCUAUCCAUUCCCCUCUCACUCGUGCCUCUGCCACCUCCACCAUAAUUUUCUCUUCGCAUACAACCUUCUCUCUCUUUGCCUCUGCCACCAAACAUUGAUACCAAAAUAGGUGAGGAAGAUCCAGGACAAAAGGGACCACAUUUUCAUACUUCCACCUCAACUUUUCCAUUUGCUUUUCACCUAUUUGUCAUUUUUUAUAAGUUUAGGGGCUUAUUUGUUAGUAAAAAUUAUUUUAGAAAGGUAAUUUGUCUAUCUUAUUGUUGUCGAGGCUUUGUUAUCAUUGUUGAGGCUUUGUUAUCAGAUACAUUGUGUGUAUCAUCUUCCUUCAUUUCAACCCUCAACUUGAAAGUCUCUCCUAGACCCAGAGCCAUUACCAAUGCUAGUGAAGGGCCUUGAGCCUUUACAUGGUAGAUUGGAAUGGUUGGAAAUGUAUCAAGCUUAGCAAGGCUAGUUUCAAUUCAUUCUAGAAUCAUUCUCAAGAAGGACUUUAGGUAUAGCAUAGAUCAACUACAAACUUCUUUGAUUAGGAAAGGGAUUAGUGCCAACUUGAUCAUUGUCUUCGUGCUAGCUGGAUGAUGGACAAUGUUGCACAAAUGAACUUUCAUUGCCCUCUUGCUCUUCCACUAACUUGAACUUUCAUUGCCCUCUUGCUCUUCCAUUGACUUGAUCAUUGGCAAAACUACGGUGGUGAAUUAACUUGGUGGUCAAGU